AUGACGCCCUCCCUCCUGUCCGACCCUGGGACCCAAAGCAUCUUGCCGUUUCUCGGCCUGGUCGUGGCCGUCGCGGCCUUGUCGUGGUGGUUUGUGCGACAAAUUUUGCUGACCCAAACCGCUCCAAGCCUUGCAGCGCAAAAUCUAGCGACGGAUUGUUCACCGGCAAAGAUGUCGUCCGCGACUGCCGGAAACUUGAAGAAACCCUUCCUGCAAGAACCGUUAAUUGAAAACAACAACAAGGAGUCGGGCUAUCCCCGGGCCGAGCGUAGUUGCACACAGCUAGACCACCACGACGAUGACGGCAAACAUGACGCAGGAGGCGCUACCACAGCGACCUCCGUUCUUUACGACCACCUCGGGCGUCGCUUGAACGUCGCACGAACAACAUCAACCGGGAACAACAACAAGUUCUUUGAGGACACCUCGCUCGGGAACCUGCUGGAGGUGCACAAGGCCUUGUGGCUCCCGGUCGCGAUACUCUGCAUGCUGAUCACUGACAACUUCUCCACCCGUCCGGCGCUCAUGGCGGGAUUGUUCGGGGCGUAUGGUGUGAACUGGGUACUGAAGAGCAAUUUGUUCCCGGACCUGCAGUUCUACAAUUCGGAGAAAGCGAAGAUCCAAGGGAUUCUUGACUACGUCGGCAAGUUUUGUCUUAUCGGCGUUUACUUCCUGUACCCGAUCGUGAGCUGUUGCGAGAACAAGAGCGAAAAUGAGCUGUACCAUACGGGAGCAGAAGAUGCGAAGAGUACGGCUGCAUCCAGUACAAGUUCGUCGUCUUUGCCGGCUGAGCAUCUUGCAAACCAGCAGCAAGUGGGACGCGACGAAAUUACCUGGCUCGAAAUCACCGUUGGUUGCCUUUUCUUCUCGGUUGGCAGCUUCUUUCACUACGCCGCGGACGCGCAGAAGUACUUUCAGCUGAAAUACAGCCCGGGGAGAUUGAUCACCGACGGAUUUUUCUCCGUCGUCCGCCACCCGAGCUACUUUGGCGAGAUCUUGAUUUGGUUGGGAAUGACGGUCGUCGCGGGCGCCACGAAUCUGUACGCGUGGAUCCCGGUGGUGUGGCUGUUGGUCAUUACGGUGGUGGUCGGAGUUCCGGAGAAGGAACAGUCUUUGAGCCGCUACGGAGAGGAGUUUGCGGAGUGGAAACGGAAGGUCCCGAUGCUGGUGCCCGGUGCUGGGUGGCGGUCGUGAAGACGCAGCGCUGUUUUGCAGAGCGAUUUUUCUUUGAUGCGGGAUGUUUAUCUUCACUCAGAUGCAGAAGAUGGAGAUGCAGAAUGGGAUGGAAAAAGUUUUUUGAGUUGAUUCUUUGAUUUCUCUGUUAAAAAUACAAAUACAAUAGCGUUUAUGUGCCUUCUGCGGAGGUUUUCGAAGGAAAAAAUGAAUGAUUUUUGGAUUUGCUGCCUAGUACUGAAUUUAAUAAGGAAUGCGAGUGAGAACAACGAGAAGUAGCAUCAACAAGCUCUUUCGUCGUGUGCCUCUCUGUAUGAUUUUACUGAGAAACUAUUGAAUGCUUCUACGCUUGAAAGAUGAGAACUGGAACCCUCGCAGAUACCUACUUCACAUCUUUUUGGACGGUACUGAUGAACUUACUUGUAGGUGAUUAUGAUUAACUGCGUUUCUUGUUUUUGACACCACCCUGGAUGGGGAUUUUGCAACAGAAAUACAAGAUGCUUUUAAUUCUUGCGAGCUUUUCUUUUCUGAGAGUGAGAUGAGAAAUGAAUUUUGUUGAAAGCUUAUUACCAUGCUAUCUAUGCGAUGGCUCCAACUCCAAAU